AAAAAGAAAUGAAAAAGAAAAGAGAAGAAAAAUGUAUGGGCUUUUAUUUAGUGGCCCCUCAAACCCACACACCGCCGGCUCCUUGCAGCGCAGCGCCGACGCUCAUCUUCCUCGCAGCGCCGCUCAGGCUAGGUCCCUCCCCCCACUCGCGCUCAGGCUCGGUCCAGGGAUCGGAUCUUCCGCCCGUCGGCGGCUCCCCCUCGGCGGCGUCCAGCGACGGAGGGGCAGUCCCAGGCUCGGCGGCGGCGUCGGCGGCUCCGCCCUUGCCUGCGUCCUCCGCGCACCGGCCGGCGACCCUGCUCUUGAAGAAGAUGAGGAGAACAAAGAGGGGUGAUGGUCUUGCAGGAAGAUCGCAUAAGAGCACAACACCUCCCAAUGGUAAAAGAAAGAACAAUAAUCUAUUGGCCUCAGCCAUAGAAAAGAUACAGAAAACUAAGAGGGGUGAUAAUGAUUUCACAAGAAGAUUGCAUAAGAGUAUAAGAGGUCGCAAUGGUAAUGGAAUGGUAACUGAAUCAAUGGCCUUAGGUGACUUGCAUGGGGACUCUAACCGAUAUGACUGGACUAGGCUCAGUGAUGAACUCAAGUCAAAUUUGUCUAGAAGUGUUGCCUCACUUGCUUUGUGCAAUGGAGACAAAGUGUUAUUUGCAUGCUCAGGCAUAGCUAUAGAAUCCCAGGAGAAUCUUACAAGGUUCUUGACUUCAGCAACUUUGGCAAGAGCUUUCAUCAGUGACGAUAAAAGAAAAUUCCAUAACUUAAAGAUUAAAGUGCGCCAUGAAGGCAGUGAAGUGUAUGAGGGUGUUUUGUCUGAAUAUGAUUUAGAUCGCAACUUUGCUAUUGUCAUCGUCAGCACCUCCCUCGAUGUUCAUGUUGGACUUUUCAAACAUAGGGUGGAAAUUCUGCCCCGUGGUAUGGUGCUAGCUUUAGGACGUAGCAUCUCUGGCAAUUUAAUACCCACAAAUGUGAUACUCACUAGUGAAGAUAAUGAAGCUCCUCUUUGGCAAAGGUCAGAGGUUUGGGAAGGUGGGCCACUUUUUACUUUUGAUGGGAACUUUGUUGGCAUGAACCUUUUUUUCGGUAUUGUAAGUGCCUAUUUCAUAUCAUGGGGCUCAAUUCUCGAUUGGCUGAAGUGUACAUCCCUGCAAAAGAAGACAAAGGUAGCCAGGUUUGGAUCCAGACCCACAUGUGACAAAUUGAAUGGCCAUUCAGAAGUGCACAAACCAAUACACAGAGAUGAUAUGACCAGCGGAUAUUGUAAGGAUUUAGAGUCCCUGGGUUACCCUAUGCCACAAAUAGACAUGGCUGAUGAUGGCAUGAUUUUGGUUAAUACUUUUGAAGAGACUUUUGGUGAUGCAUAUCGAGAAGGUGUCUGGGAUGAAUUCAGUAGAAGUGCUUCUUCUGACAUAGAUCGCUAUGUUGUCGCACUAGCUUCAUUUAAAGGAGGGAAAAGGCAUUUCGCAUGCACGGGUUUUUUUAUUGAAUGGAAUGGAUCUACUACUGUUCUGACAUCAGCGAGCUUGGUUAGAAGUUCUAGUGAUGAAAACAAGACUGAUGAAAAUUUGAGGAUUGAAGUGUUGCUUCCCAACAAACGGCGCAUAGAGGGCUUGCUAGAGCAUUAUAGUCUACAUUACAAUGUUGCCCUAGUAGGUGUCAGGGAUUGCCGUGUUGUUCGACCAGCAAGUGUUCAGCCUUACUGGUUUGGGUGUUCUAAAGUGGCAUCUGUAGGGCGUUCUUUCAUAUCAGGCGCAUUAAUGGCCACAAGUGGGCAGCUUGUUUCCUGGUCAGGCACACUUGACUGCAUGUGCAUUGUACGGUCGUCGUGUAAAAUCACCAAGGCUGGGAUUGGAGGACCCCUUGUUAAUAUGCUGGAUGGCAAAGUUAUUGGCAUGAACUUCUAUGACAAGAGAAUAGGAACCCCAUUCCUUCUGUGGAAAGAUAUUGACAACAUUCUGGCACAUUUCGCGGAAAAAAGUAAGGCUGGCGAAGUUGGGCGUGACGAUUGUGAUCCCUCUAGAGCCUGUUUCUGGAAAAUGGAUGGAGAUGAUAGUGAUCGUCCAUGCAGGUGGCCUGUGCCUGAGCCACGUUGGCUUCGCCCAGACGAUUUGGUUGAGGAUGAAUCUGAGGAUGAUGAGUUGGAAAUUGAACUCCCAAGCGGCCGCAAGAAGAGAUAUGGGUACUUGGAUGGAAGAAAAGUUAUAUUAUUCUAGAAGCCAUCACAUCCUCGAUACGAGUCAGUCAGCGCUAUAUAAUGUUGACGUCGAUGCACGAUGCUGGACCCUAUUUCUUGCCUAGUACUAGUAUUUGUAAAGAUUAGGCCCUGUUUGCGGAAUCUGUAGUACUUUGACUUUUCAGAUAGUGCUUUGAGCCACGACUUUUUAGAUAAGCAAAUAGACUUACAUGUGCUUAUGAUUUUAUCUUCUCUGGAUCUGGAAUUAUGUACCCAGCAAGUACUAGCUACUUUGUGUGCGCACUGCAUUUUCGUACCCGACUCGUUGACCUGCGUGUCAUGCCUGUCA